AUGUCCCUAGACGUUUUAAGAGAACAUGUUCUUUCGAGUUCAGAGGCGGAACGCGUCGAAGUUAACCAAAGACUUUUGAUCGACAACAUUUUGGCUCGAUAUGCUUCUGAAUUCGUAAUAUAUCGGGAGUUAAUGCAAAAUUCCGAUGAUGCAAAGUCUUCGAGUAUUCAAAUUAUAUUCGAAACGGCACAUCCAGACACGGAUAAAAAUAUAGUAGAGGACAAAAUCGUACGCAUCCUUUUCAAAAAUGAUGGUUUCGCUUUUAGAUCCGAAGAUUGGGAUCGAUUGAAGAGAAUUGCCGAAGGAAAUCCUAAUGAACAAAAAAUAGGAGCUUUUGGCGUAGGCUUUUAUUCUUUGUUUUCGGUUUGCGAAAACCCAUUUGUUGUUUCCGGUGGACAAGCAAUGGCCUUUUAUUGGUGUAGAGAUCAAUUAUUUUCUAGAAAAGGACUAACUGGCGAUGAUUACCAGGAUUGGACAACAUUUUUAAUGGAUAUGAGAGAACCUAUAGAGUUUCCAAGUGUUGAUAAAUUUUCAAAUUUCUUGGUUAAUUCAUUGGGAUUUACGGGAAAUCUCCGAGAAAUAUCAGUGUAUUUUAAUCAUACAUUGGUGAUACAGCUGUCAAAGGAUAUUAAAAGACCGAGAAUGUUUAACACUUUUAUAUUUGACCCAUUUUCUCCACAAAGGAUGUUUAAACUUACUUCAGUAAAGGUUGGGAAUGUUAUAUUAAGCGUCAAGAAAUUGCUUGUCCCAACAAAUAAUAUAAUUACGUAUGAUCAAAUGGAAGAAACAAAUUCUAUAUCUCUUAGAACUAUUAGUGGGAAUGUGGAAGUUCUAGUCGAUGAGAGGUUUUCGGCAGAAAUAGAGCGAAUUACCAGAAAGAAGCCUCCUAAUAAGACCACAAUCCAAAUAAUAUAUCCUGAAUUUGAUAAUUCAUCCGAGGGUAAUACGUCUACUCACGUCUUUAAAGAUUUACUUUCAUAUCCAGAGCAAGGAAAGAUAUAUAUCGGUUUUCCGACCCAUCAAACCACUGGAUGUUGUUCUCACAUUGCAGCUCGUGUAAUUCCUACUAUGAACCGAGACUCGAUCGACUUGGUGGAAAAGACUCUGUCUAUAUAUAAUGAAGAAUUAUUACGUAUAACAGGGAUAUUGUGUAGAAUUGUGUACGAAGAAGAAAUGUUUCAAAUUGAACAAAUUUGUAAUGGUUGUAUCUUGAGAUCCAACGGUGAAGGCAAAAAGUUUGUUCGCGAAUGGCUUGAAAAACGAGCAGCACAUGUUUUAUCACACUUUACGUUCCAAAAAAGUACGCCGGAUUCACGUGUUGGUGAAAUAAUAGAAUCGCAAUUUUUCAAUUGUUCGGAACAAUUGUCCGUCUUGUCAACAAAUGGUGUCUUGCCGAUAUCUAGUAUUCGCAUUCCUGAUCCAGGUAUAGCAGGAAUCAUCAAACAAGUUCCGAUUGUACCAAAUAUCGUAUUCGAACAAUGUAUUACAUUUUUUGAUAAGGCAAGAGCAAAGAAUAUUAUAAGAGGGUUGACUUUUCAAGAUGUUAUACUUGAAUUGAGAAGUCGAAUACUUUGUGAGGAUGAAAUGGUUAAACUUUUGAAAUGGUGGAUUGGUUAUAGUUCGAAUGGAAAUAAUAAUGAUUCGGAAAGUACAGAGUUCAAGCAACUUGCUUUUGUACGUAUAGGAGAUAUAUAUCGAGCUUUAUCAACAUUUGAUUAUUACUUGAAUCCGGGAAUAAUUCCACCAGAUAUAGAUUUGCCAAUUGAUGUUUUUCCAUAUUCCAUUUCUAGAAAUUUGCAAACAAGUGAUCUUAACUGUUUAGGAUUGUCAGAGUUAUCUUUGGUUACCUGGGCAGAGUUUAUUGUCAACAAUCCUAAUUUGGAAUACUGUCCUACAUUCGCUGAAAGGGUUCAUAAUAUUUUAGAAAAAAGUCUAAAAAAAACUUCAAAACCUAACAAGGAAAUAAUUCGUCAGCUAUUUGUUCAUAAGAAGUGUAUUCCUACUGAAUUAGGAAUGAAACUUCCUAACGAAGCUUAUUUCCAAGAUGUUAAUUUAUUUUCUGACUUACCAACAAUUAAAUUUCAAAAACCUUUGAGUGUUCAGAAUGUGAUGCAACUUUUAGGUGUUCGAAAGGUUGUUGAAUUAAAUCUCAUUUUUGAUCGUCUUGUUAGACAUAAGGAUUUUGAUCAUAUGAAACUUGCAAAAUAUCUUGCUUCAGAAUCGAAUCAUAUCGAUGACGAUGAAAAAACAAGAUUAAAAAAUAUACCCAUCUGGCCUAAAGAAGAUAAUGUUUAUACAAAUUCUAGAAUUCAAAGUGAUUUGUGGCUUGAAGAUUAUAUGUAUUCAAAUUCUGGAAUUCGACGCUUCAUUAUUAGUGAUUUACAUGUUCCUAUAGCAUUAUUUCGUGAACUUGGUUUACCUAUAAUUGAUUGGAAAAAAAAUUGGUCUCGCAAUGCACCAGAAGCAAAAUUUUUAAUUGAUCUUGGUUUGCGUGAAUAUCCCACGCUUAAAACGAUCCUAGAAUUAGCCGCAUCAUCAUCUACUGAUCCAAAGAUUCGUGAAAAGGCUCUUAAAUAUUUUAUUGAUAAUUUUAAUGAAAAAUAUUCGAAUUGUUAUGACCAUUCUAGAGUUACUGUUGCCUUUUUACCUUGUUCGAAACCGGGAAGUUACGCAAAGCCUUUAGAGUGUUUUAUUAAACCUGAAUGUACGAUAAUGAAAUUCCAAGUAGUACGUCAAGAUUUACGGUUUAAAGUGGAACAGCUUGGCGUUCGUCAAUAUCCUAGUAGCGAAGAACUCCAAAGUAGGUUAAUUGUAGAUCCACCGCACGAUGUGAAUAAGGCGAAAGAAAUAUUUGAAUUUUUAGCCUCGCAGCCGGGAAGUUCUAAUUGGAAAUCUCUUAAAGAUCACAAUUUUAUUCCAGUUCGAGAUACAAAUCGAUCUGGUGAAAUUCACUGUACAAAUCCGCAAAGUUGUUUCCUCGAAAAAAUUGAUCAAAGAUGCAGUUUGAAUUGUUUGAAUGAUUUCUUUACAUUUAUUGAUUUUGAAGAAAAAGCCAAUAACUUUCUGAAAAGUUGCGGUGUAAUAACCACACCAAGAUCGGAAAAUAUCGCCGAAUUGUUAGUGAAAUCAUCACGUAAAAUUUGGAAUUCCGAUUCCAUUCGAAGAGAUGAAAAAAAAUAUUUAGAAAUUUUGAAUAGAGUUGCCGUUGAUUAUCAAUAUGAAAUAUUUAAUAAAUCAAGUCUAGUUAAAGAUAUGAAACGCGCACCUAUUUUGGCGGCUUUUAAGUUGAAUGGUGUUGUUGUAUUGGCUUCAGCGGAUAAGAUUUUCAUAAAUGACGACACAGCAUAUCAACAAAUUUUUGAUCCGCUGACGGCCCCUGAAGACGACAACUUGAAAACUAUGUAUAAAGUACGUUGCUAA